AUGGCCUCGCGGGGCGGGGGGACACCCGCGGCGAGCGGGGCGAGCGGCCCCGCCGAACUACAGCUCCCACAAGGCCCGCGCGGCCUCUCGCCGCCGCCGCCGCCGCCGCCCCGGAACUACGCGGACCACAAUGCACCGCGCCGCCGGCGGAACUACCCGCCCCACACUGCGCCGCGGCCCCUCCCGGCGCGCGCGCGCACUCUCGCGAGAGGCGGCGGGACGCGGGAGGUGGCGGCCGUUACCGGGCCCGCCAUGGCCGACGGGCGAUCCCGGGCCAAGCCCGGCCUCAGGCGCAGCGGCCGCCACAACGCGCGGGCGGCGGCCCAGACUGGAUUGAGUGUAGAAAAUAGGAAUAAGUCUGUCAGCAGCACCUUGGCAAAGCAGAGACUGGCAGUGUUCCCUGAUCUCAGAAAUGGCACGCCACGGCUUAUGCUCAAGAGAGUCAUGCAGAACCAACCCGAGGUUUCACCGCUGGCACUUCAGAUAUCUGCCCUUGAAGACACAAAACAAGCUGAUUCAGAAGUCCCAUCUAAGAGGGUUUCCAGCAUGGGGGAAUUGCAGCUGCCAGAUGUUGGUCCUGAGGAGACACCCAUCACUGUGUUCCACAUGACAAAGAAGAGAAAGAAACUCAGCAUUUCUGAAUUUGAGAGAGCAGCAGAAAGACGACUUCCCCAGUACCAAGCUCAGUCAGCGCUGGACAGCACAAUUAUGACUCGAUCCAUUCGGAUGUCUGUGGGUUCCCUGCUGGCCCCAGACACUGUUGAGAAGAGGGGGCUGCUCCGGAGGCCCAAAACCCGCAAGGCUGUUGACAUGCAAGCGUUUGAGGGCAGAGUGGAACAGAACAUGCUGAUGAACAAAGGACAAAACUAUCUUGUGGACUCACAAUCUGCAUCUGGGAUUCGAUCAAGCAUCCUGACAAGUGAUGCAGAAAUGAUGAUGGAUAGCACAGAGCUCUUUGUUCAGCCCCAGCUGGAUGAACAGAGCCAAAAUAAAUUUUCUGCUCUUGAACCUCAGCUGUCAGAUUCAAAAAAUUCAGCGCAGAGGAGCCUGAUUUCUGAUGCAGAUCAAGAGGAAGCUAGGCUGGAGGACCCAGUAUCUGCUGUGAGCACAAACGAGGGAAGGAUCCAAAGAUACUCCAAGAACUCAAGCCUUGAUCAUGAACAUGUUGACAGAAUGACUCAUGUAUCUCCAGAAACCCCUGCAAAACAGCAAGAGGAGAAGCAGGAUCAUCCCCAGCAGAGUAACCCAGCGGCACAGAUUUCUUUUUCUGAAGAAGAGGUGGCUUGCAAGCGUGAGAUUACCAGAGGCAUUGAAGCUGAAAGUCUGGGCAAGCACUCUCAUGCCUUUCCCUCGUUUGAUAAACCUGAGACGACUCCAUUAAAUGAAACUGAUGACCAAGGAGAUGAACUGCAGGAGGACCAGGCUAUCAUGCUAGAUUUGGAUAGUUCAGGGGAAGAGCCUGCUGAGGAUGAAGCUGAACACCCUGCAAGCCAAGAGGUUUCCAUGAAGACUCCUGCGUUUGUCCGUGCUCCAGCUGAGAACCUCCUGCUGUCAACGCCACAUGUUGCAAAACCUGCUGCCCCCAGGUCUCCCCUGCGGCUGCUGCAUCCUAAGGCAGUUCCAAAGAGAUUGGGAACAUCCCAGAGGAAACCACGUGAGCCUCAAGUACCAAGGAAUUUGAUAAAGGAGAUAUUCAGACAUUUUGUUAAAAUGCCAGUGACCAGAGAUGCAUUCAAAAUUGUUGAAAAAUGCUCCGAGAGAUACUUCAAGCAGCUGAGCGAUGAUCUGGAAGCUUACACCCACCAUGCAGGGAGGAAGACAGUGGAGGCAGCUGACCUGGAAGUCCUCAUGAGAAGGCAAGGGCUGGUGACUGACAAGAUGUCUCUGAAUGUGCUGAUAGAGCGUUACCUCCCUCUGGAGUACCGGAAGCUCCUGAUUCCAGUUGCAGUGAGUGGAAAUAAAGUGAUUCCCCGCAAGUGAAGGUGCAGGGAUGGCCCCUGUGGGUGGGGAGGCUGCUCCCAGGGGCUGGCUGUGGGUUGUUCCAUGUUACUGCUGGAGCUGAUGCUUUUCCACACGUAACCAGUCAGGCAAGGACUGCUGGAUGUUCUCCUGGGUGGAGGCAGGUGGUGCUGUGGCCACCACACCGCCCUGCUGGGUCUCACCAGCCUUUGUUACAAGUAAUUUGGCUAUCCAUAUUUUUACAUGUUACCUUUGAAUACUUGUACAGCUCUUACAAAUAAAAUAUUGCAUGUA